AUGGCAGAGCUCGGGAUCGCAUCUGCUGCUGUUGGUAUUGCAUCUUUUGCAGUUCAAGUAAUAAGCAGUACCAACGCGUUAAAAACUCAAUAUGAGUACAACAAAAAGAAAGCGCCGAGUGAGCUCAAAUAUUUGAUAGGUCGAUUCGAGGUUUUCAAGACGACUUUGGAAACUAUUCAGGAAUUUGAAGGACAUCCUAUUGUUGAUAUCGUCGUUUGUAACUGUCAGUCGACGUACCGUGAGAUUGAUCACACCCUGGAAAAGCUUUUAGAAAAGCUGGGCAAGAAACCGGGGACGAAAAUGAAAGGCUGGAAGUCAUUAAGGCAAAACCUUUCAGAGGAUAUUCGGGAUCAAAUCCAAGAAAUUGGAUCCAAACUUGAUAGUUUGAACAACACCCUAAGCACGUUCAUCAAUGAUAUUGCGUCUUUCACAGCACAUGAUACCGAAUGUCGGCAAUCAGACCGCACCAAGUACGCCUUUGCCAAGUGCUACUACAGAGAAUGUGACCGAUAG